UUAAUUCUGUAGACUUGUAGAGACUAGAGACUCUCUGAUUUUGUGUUAUUUAGUGAAUAUUUACAACAAAAAAACGGGGCUUAACGAUUUCAAUUUCUUGAAAUAUUUAUGUUUACUCAUUUACUGUAUAGUUUCUAAAUUCUACAUUUGAUAAAAUGUGAGUACUUCAGCGCAGCGUAGAAUGCGAGUGCUACUUUUUAGUUUUAAAUAUGAACGAUAAUGAAUCCUGGACAUCCAAAGACGCCCUUUAUCGGGAUCUUGCCAGAGCUCAAGGAGGAGCUCCUAUAGCAAUAACUGACCCUUUGCUAUACCACGAAACACCCACAAGAGAGUAUGACGAUGAAAAGGAUUUGGAAUACCAAUUUAGAGAUGCUAGUGCAACAACAGACUAUAGUGAAGGCCCUGAUUUACAAAUGAUUAUGCAAAUGCUGGAAAUGGUGAAGGAUUAUGACGUCACACCUGAGAGUCAACCUGUUGAAAUCAGCAAACUAAAUCCAUUAUCUAAAGUCUUUGUGCCUGAAUCUUCUGAAGUUGCCUCAGAUAAAGAAAUAGAGCAGAAAAUUACAAAAAAGAAAAACCGUAAUGCUGCAAUUGAGUCCAUUAUUAAAGCACAAGAAGAAUCUUUAAAUCUAAGUGAAAAAAGCAAAUACAAACCCAUAUCUUUAAAAAAUAAAUCAAAAACUGAAAACAUAAAGCAAAGUAUAACCACUGAAAAAAAACAAAAUGGACUAAAACCAAUUGUAUAUAAUAGUAGUACGGCAUCGAGUAUGUUUAAGAAGAAAACAGUAUCAAAUAAGUCAAAUAAAAGUCCACAUACAUCAAAAGUAUCUCCAGAAAUACUUAAAACCAAUACAUUUGUUCCUUCAAAAGUGGCGAGUUCAUAUUAUGAGAAAUUUGUUGAAUUUAAUGAGGCAAAGGAAGAAAAAUACGACAUUUGGACCGUGGUAGAAAAGAAGAUAAAGGAAUCAGAGGAAAAAAAACGCCGCGAAGCAGAAUUGGUGACCUCAAGUUGCACAGAGAAAUCUGGAGAAGCUUCUCCACCUUUGGUGCAGGAGUCUUGUGAUGAAGAACAAGAACGAUAGCGACGACGACAUAUUUCCCACAGUGCAAGAUUACGUAAACCGUCAAAGCAAGAUUGAUACAGCAUUACUUUAGAUGUGGGAAAUUCUACUACAAUAACGAGAUUUCAAAAAUAAAGAAGCAAUGUUGCUAGUAAUGUUUGA